AUGCCAAAGAAAGCCCCCCCAAUCCCGGACGAGAUAUGGGACCGAUACAAAGAAGCGAUUAUCACUUCUUAUUCUCGGAAUUCACUAGACCAAACAAUGAAAUAUAUGGUUGAGGAAUAUGGCUUUCAAGCUAGUAAAAACCAAUAUACCGGAAAGCUGAAAUUAUGGGGAGUAGGGAAAUAUCACCCCGGAAGCGAUUGGCCGAUCAUCGAAUCCAGGAAGCGGAAACGAAGCGAAAUGGGCAAAGAGAGCGACGUUUACGUCCGUGGCCGCAAGUACACAAGACAAGAAAUCAAAAAAGAAACCGCACGACACGUUCCUUUGGGACGCGAUUGGUGCAGCCCGGAGGAUAUGCUCCCAGAUUACAUCACGGUCUGUACACCCCAGGCAGAGCCAACUGGCCCGCCGGGUAUAUCUCGCGACAUCCUUCUUCGUGACCUUCCUUGGUACCAAUGCACCCAAGAGAUACAGAACAUUGUCUCAGGAGGACUCCGAAGUCGUAUCGUCGCAUCAAAGCCGGGUACCUCUCUUGAGAUCUCCAUGAGAAAGCUUGCUCCUCAAUCCGAUAGCGAGUUACUACAGCUGCAUGUAGUUCUUGGUUCCUGCUUUGAGGGUAAUAACGACCUCAAUACGUAUCUUCCACCUGAAGACCUGGACAUUGGAGAUUCUUCGAUCGAAAGUACAAGGGCACUGCGGGACAAGUUUCCUGUAUCGAUCGUCAAGAUCUUCGUACAACGCUUUGCUUUUUUGUCGGCGAACAAUCUACUCGACCAACAGCAGUUCCAUAAGGUCUUCGACUGGAUCGUAGAAAAAGGUGGGACGAAUAUCCUCGUAUUUCUCUGUCAGCCUCGGUCCCCGUUAAUGAAGGCCUUCGCAAGAAAGGUCUUCUGCAGUGCUCUCAUGUCCGGAAAUAUAGCUCUUGCUCGCAAAGUUUGGCAGUGUGGGGCACGACUACAGACUUAUGAUCCCUCGCAACGUCAACGUUGGACUGAGUACCUUUCCAAAGCGGUCCACGGUGGGCAUGAGGCUGUGGUUGAGCUACUUUGCAAGGCAGGGGUACGCCCUGAGGUCAACGAUAGGUGGUCAUGGAAAUAUGACUGGGACUUGCGACUUCCAAUUUUACAUACAUUGCUCGCCUUUGGUGCCGAUCCAGAAGGAUUCAUCACAGGAGAAGAGGCUGGGUUCCCUUUAAUCGAUGCAGCGCUCAAUGGUAGCCUCAAGGCUGUGCAACUGCUGCUUAAUAGAGGAGCUCGAGUCAACAUUUACCUUGCUCGGUAUUAUGGAACUGCUUUGCAAGCCGCAGCUUCUCGAGGUCACUUGGAGGUAGCCGAAUAUCUCAUUCAACAUGGAGCGGACAUCAACGUUCCCUGUGCCUUGCCAAUUCAGGCUUCUCAGUACUUCGAUUAUAACAUAAUCCCUCUUCUAACGCCCGUUCAAAUUGCUGCCAAGGUGAACAAUGUGGGUCUUCUUCAAAUGUUGCUCCAACACGGAGCAUCUACGAUGGCUUGCCCGGUCUCCGCACAUCCUAAUUUCAAACAUUAUCUUUCUUGUCAAACUAAGCUACACUGGAGCUACUCAUGGGGAUUUAAACCUCACUAUGACGGCGAGCAAGUGGUGUACACUGCCUUGCAAUACGCAGCUCUAAACCAAAAUUUGGAGAUCAUCACACUUUUGCUAUCCACAGGAGUUACUCCAGACUCCCGAAUUGCACCUUAUGUAGGUGACACACCCUUGCAAUUGUCCGCAAGGUUAGGAAAUAUUGAAAUGUUUCGACUGUUCUGGGACUGGGGUGCUGAUUUAAAUGCCCCUCCUGCCACUUUCAAUGGCCGCACUGCAAUGCAAGGCGCAGCAGAGAGCGGAAACUGGAAGAUCCUGUUGAUGCUUCGGCACGCUGGCGUGCAGAUAGAUGCACCAGCAGGAGCAAAACAAGGCAUGACUGCAUUGCAGGUCGCCUGCCUGCAUGGCCACUCUCUGAUGGCUGGGGUUUUGCUCGCCCAUGGGGCAGAUUUAAACAGGGGUCCAUCGGCCGUAAAUGGCUUAACAGCUAUCCAGGCUGCAGCCACGCGCGGUGACAUACAGCUUGUAGGAGAUCUUAUUACUCUUGGAGCAGAGGUUAACGCCCCGCCAGCCAAGGGAGGUAAGACGGCUCUCCAAGCUGCUAUCGAGCACAAAUCUCUGCCACUACUCGACUUACUAGUGCAGCAUGGCGCGCAUGUAAACGCAACCGGAGUAUAUGGCUUUCUGUCUCCUCUUAUAGACGCGGCCAGACUAGAUUGGCACGAUGGGGUGCAGUUCCUUCUAGAGCAUGGUGCGAAUGUUAAUAACACUGCGUUUCGCCUUGCAAUGUCGGAUGAAAGUGAGGAACAUGCUCUAGGGUGGCUAUUAAGCCCUCUGGGCUGGGCUAUCAUGAACGGAUCCGAGGGCAUGGUAGAUCUAUUGCUGCAACAUGGUGCCGAUGUUCUUGGAACAGCUAUGUUCAAUGGAACCGCCUCUCAAAGCGCACUGAUGUAUGCAUUACACAUAGGAUCAAGUGUUGAAGUUAUUGACUUGCUUCUAGCAAAAGCCCCCGACUUGCAAAAACACCCUGGGUGGGAAAACGCGCUUGAGGUUGCUCUAGUAGAGCCAUUCGGAGUUGACACUAUUCUUUUUCGGCGAAUACUUCAGAAAGUAGACUCACUCCCACCGUUGCUUUGUCACGAAGUAACUCAGAAGGCAUGGGAUGCACUGCCUAUAGAUCUCGAUGAUUUUAAUGAUGAAAAAGCAACUCUGGAGAUUAUUGAGCUUCUGAUAGAAUCUGGAGUACCUUUAGACUCUCGCGCCGAGGAUGGAAGCACUCUUGUUCUGCGUACAGCUCACUAUGGUUAUCACAAAUCCUGCUCUUUUCUUAUCGGCCGUGGCGCCGCCGUUAACAUCCACUCAACUGGAUCUUGGGGAACACCUCUUCAAGAGGCUAUCAAGUGGACUUAUGUCAACAUAGCCAAUGUUUUACUAGAGCAUGGGGCAGAUAUAAAUGCCCUCCCAGCAGAGAAUAAAGGGGUUACUGCGCUCCAGGCAGCUUCCAUCAAUGGGAUGUUUGAGCUGGCUGUACGGCUUCUUGAAUGUGGAGCAGAUGUCAAUGCGCCAGCUGCACCGAUUGACGGCAGGACAGCAAUUGACGGUGCUGCAGAGCGUGGCCAUUUUGAUAUGGUCCAAUUGCUCUUUAACGCCUAUGGGGAAGAUGCAGAUCUAGAGCCGGUACGUCGUCAGGCGGCGGACUAUGCGGAAGGGGAAGGUCAUUUUGAGAUUGCCCAAUGGUUACGUGAGCAUUCGGGGAGUUGA